AAUAAAAUGUUGGCAGAAAUAAACAAUGUGAUCCCCCAUUCGACAAAUGACGAGGACAUUCAAGAGAUUAAAUCCGAUAAAGCUUCUAAUGCUGCGUAUUCUAUGGAAAAUGAUAUGGACAACGUUGAUGAACAUAUCAAAAUUGAACGUGAGGAUGGAAUUGACCUCAACUACGAAGAUAUCAAAACGGAGAUCGUGGAUGAGAAUAACCUAACCAACGAAAUGACUCAUGAUGUCAAGUUGCUGCAAGUUGCUGAUCCGUUAUCUAUGGAUUACCACGAUGAUAUGGACAUUAUUGAUGAACGGAUAAAAAUUGAACGAGAUGAUGAAAUGGACUUCGUCUACGAAGAUAUUAAAACAAAGAUCGUGGAUGAGAAUAACGUGACCGGCUAUAUUCUCAAUGACGACAUGACUCCAGAUGUUAAGUUGCUGCAAAGUGAUGUUUUCGACGUUCACGAGCCAGACAGUUCAAAAUAUUUCAAUCGAAAUGACUAUUUGGAACACCAUGUUGUAGAGAAUUCAUUCAAGUGUCUAAUCUGUUUGAAAGUUUUCGCUCAUACUAGUAGUUUGAGACGUCACGAGCGAAGUCAUUCUGAAAAAAAACCAUAUCAGUGUAAAGUAUGUUUGAAACUUUUCACUGAAAAUGAUAAUUUGAAGGUUCACGAAAGAAGCCAUACUGGAGAAAAACCGUUUCAGUGUACGAUAUGUUCAAAAUCUUUCACGCAUCAUAAUACAUUGAAAAAUCAUAUGCGAACUCAUACUGGAGAAAGACCAUUUCAGUGCAAAAUAUGUUUGAAAACUUUCACUAAUACUGGUAAUUUGAAAGUUCACGAAAGGACUCAUACAGGAGAGAAACCAUUUGGGUGUACAGUCUGUUCAAAGUAUUUCGCUCGAAUACAUCAUUUGAGAGCUCACGAACGAAGUCAUACAGAAGAGAAACCAUUUCAGUGUGGAGUAUGUUUGAAAUCGUUUACUAAUACUAGUAGUUUGAAAGUUCACGAAAGGAGUCAUUCUGGAGAGAAACCAUUUCAAUGCACGAUCUGUUCAAAAUCUUUCGCUGAUAAAACUUAUUUGAAAUUUCACGAAAGGACUCAUACAGGAGAGAAACCAUUUGGGUGUACAGUCUGUUCAAAGUAUUUCGCUAGAAUACAUCAUUUGAGAGUUCACGAACGAAGUCAUACAGGAGAGAAACCAUUUCAGUGUGAAGUAUGUUUGAAAUCUUUUACUGAUACUAGGAGUUUGAAAGUUCACGGAAGGAGUCAUACUGGAGAGAAACCAUUUCAAUGCACGAUCUGUUCAAAAUCUUUCGCUGAUAAAACUUAUUUGAAAGUUCAUGAAAGGACUCAUACAGGAGAGAAACCAUUUGGGUGUACAGUCUGUUCAAAGUCUUUCGCUAGAAUACAUCAUUUGAGAGUUCACGAACGAAGUCAUACAGGAGAGAAACCAUUUCAAUGUGAAGUAUGUUUGAAAUCUUUUACUAAUACUAGGAGUUUGAAAGUUCACGGAAGGAGUCAUUAAGGAGAAAAACCAUUUCAAUGUACGAUCUGUUCAAAAUCUUUCACUCGAAAUAGUACUCUUAUAGUUCAUAAAAUGAGUCAUACUACCGUUCAUUGAGGUCUGUAUUAGUUCAAGAAGUUGAUUAGAUUGAUGUAAUUGGACACUAUAUAGUCCGUACAGUAUUUUGUUAAAAUUAUAUUCAUUUCAGUUCAA